CUAGACUGUCGUACGGAGCUGGCCUUCUUCUGAGCGAGUGAGUUCAUUUCGUCUAAAACAGCUACGCUCGACGAGGCUUGGAUUGCAAUGGCAUUUUCGUUGUGUAUGUGCAUCUGUCAAUAGCGACGUUUCGUUUCCGCGUACGUACGAUGAAGGUUGUUCACUGGUCUCAGGUGUUGAUUAUUUGCGGGUUACUGUUAUGUAGCCUGGCGGAAGAGAGCCUUGUGAAAAGGACCCAGAGGUGUCUGCAAUGCAUUUGUGAGGGAGCCUCAAGGUGCAACGAAACCUCGUUAUGCACAGACUAUGGAGGCACAGGGCAAGUGUGCGGUCCUUUCCAGAUAACUAUCGAGUACUGGGAGGACGCGGGAAUGCCUGGCAAAGAUUUUGUGACGUGUGUGAACUCUCGAACUUGUUCAGAAGCAGCGGUUAUCAACUACAUGGAAAGAUAUGGAAGGGACUGCGAUGGCGAUGGCAAGGUGACGUGUGGCGACUAUGCACGCAUUCACACCGCAGGAGUUAGCGGCUGUGAUAAGCCAUGGAUUGAGCUUACUCCUUUUUGGAUUGCUUUCCAGGACUGCGAUAAGGAACUGGAAACUAGAGCAAUGCUCCGUAGCCCAUGACCUACCCUCAAUGCACAGUAUUCCUAGAAAUUUCAUUUUUACAGCAUAGAAACCCAGCUUCGAGUCUCUGCCAGCGCUCUCUUUAAUCACUAAUAAUUACUAUAACAAUAAAAGCCGUUUAUUGCGA